GCUGCGGUGCAUCCCAGGUCCGCCAUUGUUUGUGUGGUGCGUAUGGUCACGUGCAAGCACGGGGUGCGUUCGUCACGUGUUGCACCGCCUAUCUGUUCUCGACCCGACGCACUUGGGUUGUCUCGCCCCAGCUUCACCGCUUUGAGCUCCUGCCUGUUCGCUCUUCUACACACACCCAUUCCCACCUUCCCAGACCGAGCCUGCGCCAAUUGCGUGCAAUGCGCGCAGCCUAGUUCAUUUUUUUCAAUUCUCUCUUGUUGUUGUUUAUCGCGUGUCCACCAUGGCCGCUAACGCCAACUGGGGAAUAUGGGGCGCGUCUCCGCUCACCGCCACCGCGCAUCGCCCUGACGAUGUCUCCCCGCUUUCGCAACACGCUAUCACCACGCAGUCUUCGCCGCUAUCCGCCCGCGCUGCUACCACGUCCUCAUCCGUAAUCACGAACGGCCCCUCCGAUCGCGAAGCUGACCUCGAUCUACACCCAUGGACUUCAAACAAUUCUUCUUCAUCACGUUCGCCUUUGUGGGCACCUGCCGUUGAGAAUCCGAGUAUGUCGCCGGUUGGCAUGCGCAAGAUUCCGGUCGAACUCGACCGUUCUGACUCUCCGCGUGAUUCUUCCUUCUUCAUGUCCCAGCGCCAGCGAUUGGGAUCUACAUUCGGAUCCUCGCAAAGCCAACUCCCAAAUAGUGGGUCAGGCAUGCUAAUGGGGAUGCGCUCUCCAUCGUCAUUGCACGCCUCCGCGGGAGUUUCGCAGGCUCAACAGGCAUCACAAUACUCCUUCGGCAACAGCUAUGCGUCGGUCGUUGCAGACGAGGCUACUGUUCUUGAUGACGCAGAUGAUAUUGCUGCGGCGAUAAUCGAGGAGCAACUGAUGCGUGAUGACUACCCCUCCCGCCAUACGUCCAUAGCAUCGCGCGAAUUCAGCGAGCCUGUAUCUGCUCUUUCACCUACUCUGUCACACUCAUCACAGUCUCGUAUAGAUGAAGAAAUAGGAAACGCCCGCGCAAGUGCAAGCCCUCCGCUCUACAGCAACUUCACUACUGCCAUGCUCGGUAGCUCUGCAUCUACUAGCAACAGUGGUAGCCAAGCUCAAUCCCCGUUUCCCCAGAUGGGAUUUGCUUCCCAGCUUCGUGACAGAGUAGGGUCGAUUGCGGAGGCCACACGGGAGGCCGAGAUUCUUGCUAGUAUGAAGGCCAUGCAGCUCGAGUCGGCGACCUCGCCCGUGAUGGAGAACGCAUACGACGACCGCCGACGCAUGGGAUCCUUUUCUGCAUCGUCCCCGUUUCCCUCGUUUUCGGCGUCUACCUCCUCGGUUACGUCCCCAUCGCAGCAACACUAUGGUGCUGCUGACGGAUACCCGUUCCAGCGUCCACCCAUGUGGACGGGUGCGUCUCAUAAUGAUGAACGCUUUUAUCAGCAGCCCCAGCGUAUGUCGAUGCACUCGCAACACGGCUCCGUGUCCGAAUAUGACAUGCAGUAUGGCAACAACCCGAACGCGAUGCAGCCUGAUCUUUUACAGGAGUUCCGUAACCCGCGGCAGUAUUCCCGAGGAGGUAUUUCUCCUUCUUACGAUGCGUCGGCAGACUACAGAAGCCGCUCGAUGAGCCAGCCGUACUACGGAAACCCAAUGAGUUCUGGAAAUAUGCCAAAGUAUGCGCCGGGCGCAGUACAGCAGCAAAUGCCGCCUCCGAUGCCACAACAACAGCAGAAUAUGAGAGGCAUGCAAAAUAUCCCGAACGUUGCCGGUGGCAAAAAGUCGCGGCCACGCUCGACCCAGAUGCCUCCUCAGCUGUCUUUGUCUACAAAGCAGAAUCCUGCGCCGGGAAUGUCGCCAAUGUAUCGUGCUCAGGCUCCCGUGUUUGAGUUUUCACCUUCGUCGCCUUUUGCCAGAAGUACGAUGAGCGUAGGGAGUUCUGCAUCGGGUUCUCAGGCUACUGUCUCUUCGCCUAUAGCUUCUGUUCCUCCGUCCCUGAAUCGGCGACAGACAGCGCCUGUUACGGCGCCUUCGUCAGCUGCGACGGAUGACUUCCCUCUUGGGGUGCGGUCUCCGCUGUUGGAGGAGUUCAGGAGCAGCAAGGGCAAGAAAUACGAGCUUAAAGACAUUUAUGGACAUGUGGUUGAGUUCAGUGGCGAUCAGCAUGGUUCGCGGUUUAUCCAGCAGCGAUUAGAGACGGCCAAUAGCGACGAGAAGGAGACGAUUUUCAAUGAGAUUAGAUCGAAUUCGUUGCAGUUGAUGACUGAUGUUUUCGGAAACUAUGUGAUUCAGAAGUUCUUUGAGCACGGAAAUCAGAUGCAGAAGACGAUUCUUGCAAAGCAAAUGGAAGGCCACAUGCUUACGCUGUCACUCCAAAUGUACGGAUGCCGUGUUGUGCAAAAGGCUAUUGAGCAUGUGCUGGUUGAUCAGCAGGCGAAGCUUGUGAAGGAGCUCGAAGGCCAUGUGUUGAGAUGUGUCAAGGACCAAAACGGCAAUCAUGUCAUACAGAAGGCGAUAGAGCGGGUGCCUGCUGAGCACAUUGAGUUUAUCAUUAGAUCAUUUCAUCAGCAGGUGUAUGAUCUUGCGACACAUCCUUACGGCUGCCGUGUGAUUCAGCGAAUGCUAGAACAUUGUGAUGAUGAAGCGCAGAACUCGAUUCUUGAGGAGCUGCACUCAUUCUCGUCGUAUCUGGUGCAAGAUCAGUAUGGAAACUACGUGAUACAGCAUGUGAUUGAGCGCGGAAAGCCAGAGGACCGUGAGAAGAUAAUCAUGGUUGUGAGAGACAAUGUGCUUCAGUUUUCUAAGCACAAGUUUGCCUCGAAUGUGGUUGAGAAGUGCAUUGUCUAUGGCGACAGUAGACAGCGACAGGCGAUUAUUGACGAGAUACUGCGUGUAAAGUCUGAUGGGUCGCUGCCGCUGACUGCGAUGAUGAAGGAUCAGUUUGCCAACUACGUGAUUCAGAAACUGUUGGACGUGACGAACGGACAGCAGAGAGAUAACUUGGUGUUGAAGAUUACGCCACACUUGCAAGCACUCAAGAAGUAUUCGUAUGGCAAGCAUCUGGUGUCGAUUGAGAAACUUAUGUAUUUGUCUACGGAUGAGCCGCUGCCACUCUCUCCUGCUGCGUCGCCGUCGACGCAGAAGUCUGCACAGUUGGCGGUGUCGCCGCGUUCGUCGGUAUCGCACGAGCAAACGCCUGCGAGCGAGCCGUCGUCUAGUGAUGCGACUAGCACUCCUCCGCCGACGUUUCAGGAAAUCCGAUCGGCAGAGAACAGUUUUUCGAGCGCAUCUUCUGCGCCUCCGAGCUCGGCGAUGAGCGAGGCAGCUAGAGAAGAAAAGGUGGCUAUGCCACACGUACAAUAGGUGGUGAGGGUGAAAUAUAGGAAAGCGGGACGGGAAAAGAGGAACUAGGAGUUCAACGUCGCUUUAUUCAGUUUGCAAGUUUUCUUUUCUGAUUUUUUCUUUUUUUAUUUUUGCGCAUAAUACUUUUUGUUGCCUCGUUCUUGUGUGUCGAAGUGUGUAUUCACCGAUACUGGAAGACGGGCUACGCAGGCCACUCAGCGGUCCAUUAUACAUAUCUACUUCUAUAUACUAUAUAU